CCCCUUCUCGCUCUCCUCCUGUUCGGGAGUUCUUUGGCCCUCGGCGCCCGCCGUAGCGCGCCAAUAUUCAAAACCUGAGGAGAAAGAGCGCAGAGGAGCCAUGGCUUCGGGAGAGGCCUUCAAGAGCCCCAGCAGGCCCUCCGCGCGGAGGCUGUCCGGACAGAGCAGCCCUUCAACCUCCAUAACUAUUCCAGCUUCUCCUUUCAUGCAGAAGCUUGGCUAUGGGACUGGAGUCAGUGUUUACCUUAUGAAAAGGUCUCCAAAAGGCCUCCCUUGCUCUCCCUGGGCAGUAAAGAAAGUCAAUCCCGGAUGUGACUCCAACCAGAGAGAUACGUAUCAAAAGAGGCUGAAUGAGGAAGCCAGCAUUCUGAAAAACCUCCAGCACCCCAACAUCAUCGGGUAUCGUGCCUUCACUGAAGCCAAGGAUGGGACCAUGUGCCUGGCCAUGGAGUACGGGGGAGAGAAGUCUCUCAACGACCUCAUUGAAGAAAGGCAGGAGAGGGGCUUGGGGCCCUUCCCGCCCGAGACCAUCCUCAAGGUUGCCUUGCACAUGGCAAGGGGGCUGAAGUAUCUUCACAACGAGAAGAAAUUGCUUCACGGCGACAUAAAAUCCCCCAAUGUUGUCAUUAAGGGUGACUUUGAGUCCAUAAAGAUCUGCGAUGUUGGUGUUUCCCUGCCUCUGGAUGAAAACAUGACCGUGAGCGACCCGGAGGCCGUGUACAUUGGCACCGAGGCCUGGAAGCCCAAGGAAGUCUUGGAGGAGGGCGGUCACGCUGUCAUCACCGACCGGGCGGACAUCUUUGCCUUGGGGCUGACCCUGUGGGAGAUGAUGACCCUCUCGGUGCCCCACGUGAACCUGCCAGAGGACGACGGCGAGGAUCCAGACGCGUCUUUUGACGAAGACGACUUUGACGACGAGGCCUUUUACGAGGCGCUGGGGACCCGCCCGGCCCUCAACGUGGAGGCGCUGGGCCCCGCUUACCAGACGGUCAUCGAGCUCUUUGCCCUCUGCUCCAUGGAGGAGGCCAGCCAGCGCCCCUCGGCCGCCCACAUCGUGGAGGUCCUGGAGGCCAACGGAACUGUGCAGUAGGUGCCCAGGUGUGCUUUUCAGGGCUGACGCUCUUUGUAGCCAUAGGACAGUCGGUCGGGUAGCACCUUUCCCAUUCCGUGAUUCACUCUGGAUGGAUUCCGAGGCACUUUGCAAGACUUUCCAGCGUUGUAAAUAUUUCUCUUCUCCCUCAAAAUCAUCACGUUGACAACUUUGACCCUCCCUCCAGGUAUUUUGGACUCAACACCUGGAAGGUCAAUGUUGUCAACGUGAUGACUUUGAAGGGAGUUUGACAAGCCUGACAUAGACUGUGCCUGCUCCACUCAAUGUUGAAUUUCAGGAAUAGUAUCAUAUGGUUGUCCUUCCACAUGUUGUGUGUCUGUUCUCUAUUUGCCCGGUGGUCAAGGCCUCUCUGUCCACCAGAAUGAACAUGUGCUGCUGGACUUCUUUCUCAGCUGCCAGAUUAGGACUCUCUCUCCUUAAAGGAGAGAAUGUUCCUUUAACUAGCCAUUGGGUUUUUCCUGUCAAUCAACCAUAUCUCCCACCCCCUAUUUAUAUAUAUGGAACUUCAACUAUAGCUGAUACUUUUCAAAAAAGUAUUUCCUUUGUACCAUGUGUAUGUAGAUAUAUGCAUCUGUUUUCACAAUUAAACUACAGAUAAGAGUA